AUGGAGGCAGCGGCGGCCCUGAACGAGAGCCGAGCGGCCGCCCCCCGGCUGCCGGCCGGCGGCGGCGGCAACGCCUCGCUGGAGCUGUCGUCGCGGCCCCCCGCGCCCGCCGCCCUCAACCCCUGGGACGUGAUGCUCUGCGUCUCCGGCACCGCCAUCGCCUGCGAGAACGCGCUGGUGGUGGCCAUCAUCUGCUACUCGCCCGCCCUGCGCACCCCCAUGUUCGUGCUGGUGGGCAGCCUGGCCACGGCCGACCUCCUGGCCGGCCUCGGCCUCAUCCUCAACUUCGUUUUCCAGUACGUGAUCCGCUCCGAGACGGUCAGCCUGCUGACGGUGGGCUUCCUCGUCGCCUCCUUCGCCGCCUCCGUGAGCAGCUUGCUGGCCAUCACGGUCGACCGCUACCUCUCCCUCUACAACGCCCUCACCUACUACUCGGAGAGGACGGUGCUCUGCAUCCACACCAUGCUGGCGGGCGCCUGGGGGGUCUCCCUCUGCCUGGGGCUGCUGCCCGUCCUGGGCUGGAACUGCCUCCACGACCGCGCUGCCUGCAGCGUUGUCAGACCCUUAACCAAGAGCAACGUGACACUGCUGUCCGCCUCUUUCUUCCUCAUUUUCCUCAUCAUGCUCCAUCUCUACAUCGAGAUCUGCAAGAUCGUUUGCAGGCAUGCCCACCAGAUCGCUCUCCAGCAGCACUUUCUGACUGCUUCGCACUAUGUCGCCACCAAAAAAGGGGUCUCUACCCUCGCUAUAAUCCUCGGGACUUUCGGGGCCAGCUGGCUGCCUUUUGCCAUCUACUGUGUAGUGGGGGACCCUGACUACCCUUCUGUGUACACGUACGCCACGCUUCUACCUGCUACCUACAACUCCAUGAUCAACCCCAUCAUUUAUGCCUACAGAAACCAGGAAAUCCAGAGGGCCAUGUGGGUGCUCUUCUGCGGCUGCUUUCAGGCUAAAGUGUCCUUUCGCUCCCGGUCCCCCAGCAAUGUCUGA